AUGGUGACUUAUCUUCAUCAUAACUCCCUAGCAAUAACUACUUUUAUCUAUAGAGUUUCAGUCCUCUUUGCACUCUGCAUCACUCUCUUCACCAACCCAGCCCUCUCCGGCUACAAUAACCCCUUACAAGACUUCUGUGUAGCUGACCUCCAAGCUACCCCAUCCAACACUGGCUACCCAUGCAAGUCACAAGUCACCUCUGAAGACUUCUUCUACUCCGGCUUAAGCACUCCGCUAAACACUUCAAACCCUAAAGGUGUAGCCGCUAAUAGAGCAAACCUCAUGACGUUUCCAGGAUUAAACACGAUGGGAAUAUCAAUGUACAACGUUGCAGUGGCCGCAGGAGUAGCUAACCCGCCUCACUCCCACCCUGGUGUGACCGAGGCAGGGGUCGUGGUCGAAGGCUUGGUCUUGAUUGGGUUCUUGACGAAUAACUACACGUUGUACUCGAAGGUUGCUGGUCCUGGUGACAUGUUUGUGAUUCCUCCGGGGCUCAUACACUACGAGAUGAACGUUGGGAAAACGGAAGCUCGGCUUUUGACUGUGGUGGCUAGUGAGUGGCCUAGCGAGGUGCUUGUGCCGCACACUUUGUUUCUUGCGAAACCAGCGAUUCCAGACUUUGUUUUGAAGAAGAUUUUCAAGACUGAUGGUAAAACAAUCAACAUGCUCAGGACUAAGUUAGCUAAUUAAACAUAUGUUUAUGUGUUUCCACUGAAAAAAUGUAAUCUGGUAUGAGUUUGCCUUAAAAAUGAAUA